AUUUAAAUAAUAAAAAUGACCUACAGAGGAAGAAUAAUAUUUUUUUUACCAAUAAUUUUCUUUAAAGUUACAUUAAGUUGCUUGAAUGGUUGGACAGAGUUUAAUGAAUUUUGCUAUUUGUUGUCACAUGAUGAGACUCAUUGGCUUGCAGCAGAAGAUGCUUGUAACGAGUUUGGUGGAAAUUUAAUGAAGUCCUACUGGUCUCUAACAAAUUGUGGAGAAAAGGAAAAAUACAUUUGUAAAGUAAAGAAAGGAGUUACACCUUCUCCUAAACCAACUUCAGUAACUCCAGUUCCCACAGGCCAUUGUCCCUUAGGCUGGUUAGAAUCCUUAAAAAAAUGCUUCAAAAUAUACUUCUUGGAUGAAAUAAAUGGGCUAUCAUUCAUUGAAGUAAGAAAUAGGUGUAUGUCUUUGAAUGUAAUGUCUAAUCUGGCAACAAUCAAUAGUCAGGAGGAAAAUUCUUUUAUUGUCUCAAAAACGAUUAAUACACAAUAUGGAAAUGGGUUAUGGUUCGGCUUGCUCAGAGAUGAUAAACAUUCACCUUGGCUCUGGACUGACAAUUCUCCAAAAACAGUAAAUGACUACAAUAAUUUUUAUACAAGAUACCCAAAAGAAAACAAUGCUUACCUGUCUACUCAUGCAGAUGCUUUUAGAUCAGGGAAAUGGAUGGCAGAUACCUAUUCCACAAAUAAGAAGGGCUAUGUGUGUAGUAUGAGCAAACGUAUGUAUAUACGAUUUAUCUGGGAAGGAGGGGACAAAUCUCCCUUAAAAAAAAUGAAUAUGGCUUCUAUUCAUUCUCCUGAAUUGAAUGAAGGAUUGUGUUAUCAUGUGAUGAAUACAGAAAACUACUAUUGGAUUGGAAUGAAUAGGUUUAAUGAUACAGAUGCAUUUAAAUGGAGUGAUCAUUCUACAGUUGUUUUUACAAAGUGGAUGGAAUUUCCCAAAAAUGAUAAGAAUUGUGCUGCUAUUUCAUCAAAAGGGUUAUGGCAUGGAUUUCCUUGUAAUACACAGUUGGAAAGUAUUUGUAAAAUACUGUAUGGCUCUGCACUUACAACUCCUUCACAAGUUAGCGGACUAUGUCCAAGUCCAACUAAAGGAGAGUGGAUCAGUCAUGGUAGCUAUUGCUACAUAUUUUCAAAAGAUACAGCAUUCACAGCUCAAGAAGCACUACAGAAAUGUAUUAGAAAAAGUUCUGCUAAUGCCAGACUGGUUAGUAUUCAAGAUUUUUCAGAACAAGUUUGGCUAACUUUUAUGCUGAGGAGGAUAGAACAGCACAGUACUCACUGGAUAGGUCUGACUCGUCAAUCACCUGAUCAUUCAUUCACCUGGAUGGAUGACAGUCCUGUCACUUUUGAAUAUUGGAAAAAAUAUGACACUAGUGCUGGAAAUUGUGUUGUCCUUUCUGUUCAAGAUAGUGAAAAAGCAACUGGUUUCUGGAGUAAAAGAUUAUGCUCAAAUUCAAACAAACUUCCACCAAAAUACAUAUGUAAAGUUCCAAAAAUUCCAUUGCCAAGUACUCCUGCCCCAGUUAAAGGAAAAUGUCCUCCACAACUUUCGAAUAAUGAUGUUUGGGAAUUAUUUGGAAAUAAAUGCUUUCUAUUUCGAAGAGGCCAAUUUGCAGAUUAUCAACAAGCAGCACAAGUUUGUAGUAGAGUAAAUGGAACCUUAGCAGAGAUUAGAUCAUUUGACGAAAAUUUCUUUAUGGAAGAAUAUGCCAAAAAGCAUUUCCCUUCUUUUAUGAAAGGUUUAUGGAUUGGUUUAAGCAAAACAAAUACUAGUAAUUACAUUUGGCAAAAUGGACAUAAACUAGAUUAUGAAUAUUGGUAUAAUUUGGAUGACAAGAAGGGAAACUGUGUUUCAUUGAAUACAUCUCUAAAUGGUCACUGGACAAGUCAUAGUUGCUAUAGAAACUACCUUCCCUUUGUAUGCCAAGCAGAUAUGAUCAAAGAUUCUUCUGGUAGGACAAUUGGUGCAAAGGUAGGACUUGGUCUAGGUAUAGCAAUUGCACUUUGCGUUCUUAUUGGAAUAUUUGGUGGUGCAAUUUAUAAAUGGCAAAGUUCCAGAGAACCACCAACGAAAACAUUUCACAAUAGAGGAAGCAGUUUUGCUAGUACAAAUGAAGUGUCCAAAUAUUUCAAGGAAACAACUGCAUAG